UUCGUCAGCAGUUCCUUGUCGCCGCCGCCGAGAGAUCACGGCCACUUCUCGCGAUAUCUCCCACUAUAUAUACCUGGGAAGAGCGAGCGAGGCGGGCUCUUUCCCGGGGAGUGUUAAUUCCGUCCAUUACGCCAAGGCCUGCAGGCUAGGUUUUUUUCUCCCCCUUUCGCGGUUUAUCGAGAAGGAAAGACGCCACAAUAUGGAAGACAGCGACAUGGACAACAUGGGCUCUUUGCGGCCACAGACCUUCCUUUUCGGGUGUGAACUAAAGGGAGACAAACCUUAUCAUUUUAAGGUGAAUGAUGAAGAAAAUGAACAUCAGUUGUCUUUAAGAACGGUUAGUUUAGGAGCUGGCGCUAAAGACGAGUUGCAUGUUGUUGAAGCAGAGGCAUUGGACUAUGAAGGUAACCAGACUACAGUCACACUGGCAUCACUGAAGAUGUCUGUUCAGCCUACGGUUUCAUUAGGUGGCUUUGAAAUUACGCCACCAGUGAUUCUGAGAUUGAAAUGUGGCUCGGGGCCAGUUUAUGUCAGCGGUCAGCAUCUUGUAGCUUUAGAGGAAGAGCCAGAAUCUGAAGAUGACGAAGAUGAUAAGGUACAACGCAAUAUGGCAAAAAGACCAGCAGGACUAACAAUGGCUAAAGUUCCACAGAAAAAAGCAAAGCUGGAUGACGACGAUGAAGAAGAAGACGACGACGAUGAAGAUGAUGAAGAAGAUGAUGAUGAAGAUGAUGAUGAAGAUCUGGAUGAAGAUGAGGAAGAAGAGAAGACUCCAGCAAAAAAGCCUGCACGAGAUUCAUCAGCAAAGAAGACACCAAAAUCAAACCAGAAUGGAAAAGAUUCUAAGUUGGCAUCACCCAAACUGAAAGCUCCAGAGUCUCAUAAAGAGAAAAAACCGCAGACUCCAAAAACACCAAAAACAUUCACUAUGGAGGAAAUAAAAGCAAAAAUGCAGGCAUCUGUGCAAAAGGGAACUAUUCUUCCUAAAGCAGAAGCCAAAUUUGCAAAUUAUGUUAAGAACUGCUACAGGACAGAAGACCAGAAGGUUAUUCAAGCACUCUGGCAGUGGAGACAGACUCUGUAAGCAAGAAGUUAAAUGGCUCUUUUAAAGUUACAGUCCUGUGUGUUUAACCAUUAAUAUCUGGCUACCCUUUUUAUAAAUGCUAAAGCUUUCCCUACAGUCUGAUUAAUGUCGUCCAGAUUGUUUUGCCAAGAAUGUGUUGUUCAAAA